UCGUCGGAAGACUUUCUGUGUAGGAACAACGCUACUGCCGGCAUGACAGCCCCGCAAGAAGAAGGAUUUAGCAAAGUCAGUGCUGAAUGUACUGCAGCGUCAGGCGAAAGUGAAGAAAACAAGCUUAUGUUAUUAAAAGGUGGCCUUUUCCUUGGCGCCGUGGCUUCGGCCGGAGUGCUGGCGGGGUUCGGGACGACGCUGGCCGUGGCGAGGAAGAGGAGCCCGGAGUGGUUCAGUAAAGGGGUGACGGCCACGGCGGCGGUGCCGGAGAGCGGGGCCUCCCUGGCCCUGCGGGCUCUGGGCUGGGGCUCCCUGUGGGCCUGCGGCGGGGUCGGCCUCAUCAGCUGCGCUGCCUGGAAAGCGCUGGGGGUCCACAGCGUGAGUGUUCGCACGCGAGCCCGUCGGCGCAUUGAGGCUUCUGUGGCCUUGUUUCUCCUGAGACACGGUUCUGCAGUUCAGUCCAGUUUAGUUGUCACACAGAAUGCCCGAGUGCAGUGAAAUGCUUCUUUGCAUGCAAGCUCCCAUACAAAGACAUUAAAGGAAUCGCCAAAAAAAACACAGAACAGCAGCAG